AUGAAAAGGCCUCUUCAAUAUAUUCCCUCCCAUCUUUUUGAACAAAGGUGCAUCUGUGAUCCUGGAUGGCAGAAACGGAAUGGUCCGAAGAGCCCUUGCAAUAUAGAUGUAAACGAGUGCCUGCAAUCUGAGGUUUGCGAGAAGACCCAAAUGUGCAUAAAUACGAAAGGAAGCUAUAUAUGUGAGUCCCAACCCUCAUGGACUAGAAAUAACAGUGUCACCGACAACAGUUUGCACGGAAGUUGUGACAAUUGCAGUCAAUGUAUGAGGACACAUUGCAAAUGCCCGGAAUCCGUGACCUGCCCAACCUGCCCAACCAGUGCUGAAAUCGUAACGCACUCUAAUAAGGAUAGUGUGGGAAACUAUAUAUGUGAGUCCCACCCCUCGUGGACUGGAAAUAACAGUGUCACCGACAAUAAGGAUAUUUUGGCAGUGUUACCGGACCGAAUACUCGUGUACGUUCUGUUUGGCCUGCUGUGCCUCAUGCUGUUGAUUAUCAUUCUGCUAUCGUGCCAAUUGUGUCAUCGUACGAGAGAGAGAUCUAGAAAGCGUAAUUUUAAGGCCCCCGAACAGUUGCGGACUAGUUUCGGGUGCGUUCAAUACUUUAUUUGA